CGGCGCUUGUGUUAGCAUGUCGAGAGCUGACGUUGUCCUGCUGGGACAGAAAAACUAACUUUGGGAAUGAUAUGUGAUAUCUAUACUAUUAGUUCUUACAAUUUAUCAACCUGUCCGUGUUCUUUAACCGCCAAGUUUAUUUUAGGAACAGCCAGACGGUUCUCAUCUCACAUACAGUAGUUACACGCGAUCAUUGUGCUUCAUAGCGGGGAAAUGGAGUCUGUGUUCAUACUGUUACAUCACUUUGCGGCAGCCUGACUUUGAGUUGUGUUUGGCUGACUGUUUAUCCGUUUUCUAAUAGUGCUACUUUUUGACUGGCACUGCUGAUGCUGUGGGAGACACACACAGAGCAGUAAUUCAUACACAAAGCACGAAGUGGCAGCUUGGUAAAUUAGUUCUACUGGAAAUGGCAAUUUGCACGAAUAUUAAUCAUAAUGUAAAUAUUAGGAUUAAGAUAAGUGGCAUUCAUUUGCAUGUAAAUGUGUAAGUUCACUGCUAUUCCCAAAGCAAACUUGGAUGAUGCAAAUGUGUGAAAAACACUAAUCGCAGCGGCACCUUCUGACUGCAUUACUCUAAUAUGAUAAUGUUGCAAUUAACCUCAGCCUCUUUUGAUUAAUGCAAUUGUCAUUGCAGUAGCCGUUUUACCAGCUCGCUGUCCUCACAGGCUCAUGUUAUCCUAGAUUCUUACAAAUCACAAAGACACUUUGCAGCUCCUGUGUUUUUAACAAAUUGGGAUAAAAUGAGUCUAUAGUGCUAAACAAAGCAUUCUCCGAAACUGAGAGAUUGAGUUUCCAGGGCAACAAACCGUGUAGCGUCAUGGGGCACACAGCUAACAUACAGUAACACUGUGGUAAAAAAUACAAAUACAAAACAAACAAAACAUUAGCGCUGAAUUGAGGUAAGAAAAGCCAGAAAGGUGCUUUAGUGACACAAAACAACGGUGUGAGAGAGACUACUCCCUCUACUGUGACUAGAGAUUCAUACACCCAGAUAUGCACAUUCCCUGAAUGUAUCUUAUGUGUAUACAAGCAGAUAAACCUCCAAACACCUGUGAUUCAUUAUCACAGCUGUAUGUGUGAUCAUGCAGAACCGAGUGCUGAUAGAUGAAAAAGUUCACAUUUGUUGAACCAUAAUGGCAGAGGGGCUGUUUGUGCGAGCGGUUUGCUCAGUAACAGGAAGUGCCCUGUUGAUAGCGUGUCCUGACAGCCUGAGUGGAAGCCAGAGGCCAGGUCGGGACUGGCAUGUAGCGCUUUGUACCGUACUGUGUGUGUGGCUGGACUUGUUUUUACAGGCAUGAUCCAGACCAACGGAACCCCUUAAGGUACCUGUAAGCCCCAAAUAGACAAUUGUGCAUGUUUUUUCUUUUUUUUGCAGUCUACAUAUUCCCUUCAAAGCAUGAAUCAUAAUCCUAUAGGACAAUAUUUUAAAACCUGUUUUGUAUAUUGUAUUCGGUGAUUUUUUUUUGCGGUUGACUUGAGACUGCAUUGAUGUGAACAGAUGAACAAUAACAAAUUCAAGUACAGUCAUACAAAGUACACAAUAUGUAAACAAUAUAUAAGCAAUUUACAAGUAUAUAUAUAACGAGACAGAGAUGCAGUCUCAGAUCUCAAAGCACUAGAUCACAGGCAAACAUGUGACAUCAUUUUUUUGAGCUCGGAGAAUCGCACCCGUGUUUUAACUAGCAGCCAUCAAACCAAAGAGCAAAAAUUUUAAUUGCUGUCAUUAACUCAAUUAGUGGUAUUGUUACUGGCAUUAGUGUUCGGUGUGGUUGCUACUGAAAUACCCCCAUUGAUACUCCGCUCCCUCCCUGGUCAUACAUACUAAGUUGAGUUGUGAGUUUUAGCAGCGAAACAUUUGAAUGUGCCAAAUUCUAAUAGCUCCCUCGUGAAGCUCUGCAACAUGUCUCAUGUUUGACACGGUUAAUACCAAGUGUGUUCAAGAAGUAUCUUCUUCAAAACAAAAUAAAUCACAAGCAAACAGUGUUGUGUCAUGAGAAAAGGCUUGAAAAUGCAGAAAGUCUUUUGUUUAAGUCUUCUUGUUUCAGAGAUGAUUAGUGUAUAAACAUACAUAGAUAGUUUAUAAACACUUAUAUCGUGAGCAGAUAUUUCUGACUAUUAAUGUGGUUAAUAAUAGGAAAUAUGAGUCAAGGCUGGUGUGUAAACAGUUCAUGUUCUCUAUGAUGAACACUUUGCAUUAACAAACCGGUUACCAGCUACCAAGCUGAACUUGUUUUCAUUGAUAUAUUAGUUCAGCAUCCAAACCAUUGCAUGCUACAAAAAAUCUAUUUAUUGGACUUCAGAAUUCUACAAACCAGCAGUAAACAUUUUAAACCACAAGCCUUUGUCUCAAAUCUCAUAUUCCUUCAGGGAAAGUAAGAUAAGGUGCAAAGAGCAAGCUUGCAGCUGACUGGUUCCCAGCAGUUGAAAAAAAGUCUCCGCUCCCUGGAGCUGGAGGAAUGAAUCCAGGGAAGGGCAGGUAGGUGAGAAGCGAGCGAUCUGUCCUAACCUGCUUUGUUGGAUCACAGUCCGCAGCCCUCAGCUUCCUCCUCCCAUGAGGCUUGUUAUUCUAACCAUGGCUGUGACAUCAGAUAUCUCUCAACGCUUCACUUUUGCAAGACUUAGCCAGCCUCCGAGUCACAGUAGGAGUAGUAGAGUAGUGUCGGGCAUUGUGUGGGGAAAGUUUAUUUGGAAUUCGUAAAGGAAGUGAGCAGCUUGACAGAGCAGCGUGCGUGCUGCGGUCAGCGCUACGUGUGGGGCUGUAACACCUAGUAUCACUUCAGAAAGAAAGCUGCGAGGACAAGAGAGGAGUAGAUUGACUUUCACAGGUGCCGGUCCACAUCGGCGUCCCCCGUUCUCGCUGCCACUCAGGGGCCGAGCCAGCAGCCUGUCCUCAGCGACGGGGAAAACUCGGGGAAGCAGAGACGGUACGCCAGGACCGACGGCAGGUUCCUAGUGCGCGCUGAAUGGAGCAGCAAGACCGCCACCUUCUGCGGCGGCGCGUCGCCCACUGGUGACACCGACUUCCAAGGCCGCCUCACCAAGUCAAAGAGCAUCAGCUGUUUGGACAACCGGCUCUCCAUCUACAAGCCUCAGGCUCCAACCAAAUCCUGCGGGGAAAGUCCAUGCGGCCAGGAGCCACCGGGGGAACCCUGUAGGGGAGAUGGACUAAACGGCGGGCCCCUGAGCUGGAGCACGCUCUCCCUGGGACCUUCCUCCAACCAAAGCCACAAGGGCGCUCUCUCUCUUCCCCGCUCGGUAGCGGGUGUUCCCCCCACCGCCAUCCGCAAAAAGAUCUCAGAAUGGGAGUGCCGCAGGGGGGCUCUGCAUAGGAUGAGCUUGUGCGUCGAUAAAAGAGGAGAGCGCGUCGGGGGCAGCGAGGGCUGCCCCAGCCUGCUCUCUUCUCCCUGUAGCGAGAAGGCGUUUGACUUCAAGGCUGUCCGCAGGAUGAGCACGGCUUUCUCAGAAUGCUCCUACACAGAGGAAGAGGAAGGGGUUUCCGACAAAGACGGCGUAGGCCGCUUCAAGAAGAGGACAGGGAAGACGGAGUCCUCGGGAACAUUUGUGCGUUCCCUGUCCGCCCGCAAGGAGACGUCAGCCGUUCUGAACAGGAUACAAAAGAUAGAGCAAGCCCUGAAGGAGAACCCCAGCCCAUCCCCUCCACGAUAUCUGAGUAACUGCUAUGCUCCCGACAAGACAAGACAAAAGUCGUUUGUGAUCGGAGACGACUUGGACAGCACCUGCACCAGUAAGCGCAGCAGCAUUUGCUCAGUGGCCACGGAACCCGACGCUGUUUUGGUGUCCGAUAAGCUCUGUAAGCUCAGACAGAGGUUUAGCAUGUGCUCGGCCAGGUCCGAGAGCCCGGAACCGCCGGGCCAACCGCCGGCUGUCGGCACACCCGUCAACCCCUUACCGAAGCCCAAACGCACUUUUGAGUACGACGCCAAGCGGGGCCAGGAGGGCGAGUCGCCGGCCAACGGAAUACCUCCAAGCAAAGCCCUCGAGUCCCCGCCGCCGCUGCCCCUGACCCCUGCACCCAGCGUCAAUCGGACGGUGCAGGCCGAGGGGAGCCCCCCGGCGAGACCACAGGACAGGGAGUCAUGUGAGUCGGAGAAUGCUACGAGUAGUCUGCCUUCUUCUUAUCCGUCCUCACCUACAGAGAACGGCACACUGACCACAGGCACGCGGACUCGGCCCAACUCCAAAAGCACUUUAGAGGAGAAUGCCUAUGAAGACAUUGUAGAGAAGGAGAACCCCUAUGAGGAUGUUGACCUGAAGCGGAAGAGUUUUGGUCGGAAGUCAUGUCUGUUGGAGGGCAACAGAUCGUGGAGCACCAUGGAUAGGAAGCUGAACUCUCCGCCUCAGUUGCCUUCCAAACCCAGUAGCCAGUCUCUUCGCCUCCCUGGUCCAAGUGACAGGAAGAGCCAUCGCAUGGCUCAGUUGUCCAAGCGCUACAGCCACGAUGAGAUGCUGCUUCCCUCUCAGCGGGCUGUAUCCACGUCACCCUGUGGCCGGCUGACGGAUGAUAGCCUCUGUAGCGCUGGUGAUACUUUGGCCUCACACAGGCACUGGAGGAUCCCCAAGCUCGUCCAGAGGAUCAACUCCAUUUACUGCACUAAACGUGGGAAGAAGAGGCUGAAGAAGCUGAACAUGUCCAAUGUUGAGACGGCAUCUCUGAGAGAUGACAACAGUGAGAGUGAGAGUGACUCUGAUGACAGGUUCAAAGCUCACACCCAGAGGCUGUUGAAACUGCAGUCCAUCCUUCGACGGGCGCCCAGCUACCGCACGCUGGAGCUGCAGCUCAUUGAAUGGCAGGAGAGAGAACUCUUUCAGUAUUUUGUGGUUGUUUCUCUCAAAAAGAAACCCAGCAAAAACUCCUACUCCCCGGAGGUCACUUACCAGUUCCCUAAGCUAGAGAGACCCACCAAGCAGAUGAGGGAGGCCGAACAGAGGCUCAAAGCCAUACCUCAGUUUUGUUUUCCAGAUGCAAAGGACUGGAGUCCUGUGUCUGAGUUCACCAGUGAGACUUUCUCCUUCAUGUUGACGGGAGAGGACGGCAGCAGGAGGUUUGGUUACUGUAGACGCCUGCUGCCCAGUGGGAAAGGAUCUCGCCUUCCAGAGGUGUACUGUGUCAUCAGCAGACUGGGCUGUUUUGACUUGUUCUCUACGAUCCUGGAUGAGGUAGAAAGGCGUCGAGGCGUCUCAGCAGCCCUCGUCUACCCCUUCAUGAGGAGUCUAAUGGAGUCUCCCUUCCCUGCACCAGGGAAAAUUAUCAAAGUAAAGACCUUUCUGCCCGGUGCAGGAAAUGAGGUCAUCGAGCUGAGGCGGCCCACAGACUCCAGACUGGAGCAUGUGGACUUCGAUAGUCUUUUCAGUUGUCUCAGUGUGCGGCAGGUGAUACGAGUCUUUGCCUCGCUGCUGCUGGAGCGUCGGGUCAUCUUCGUGGCUGAUAAACUCAGCACCUUGUCCGGCUGCAUGCAUGCAGUGGUGGCGCUGCUCUACCCUUUCUCCUGGCAACACACCUUCAUCCCCGUGCUGCCGGGCUCCAUGUUGGACAUUGUUUGCUGUCCCACUCCCUUCCUGGUGGGGCUGCUGUCCAGCUCCCUGCCAAAGCUGAAGGAGUUGCCUGUAGAAGAGGCUUUAAUGGUCGACCUGGGAACUGACCGAUUCAUUCGACAGAUGGACGACGAGGCCUCGCUGUUACCACGGAAACUUCAGGCGGCUCUUGAGCAAGCACUGGAGCAGAGGAAUGACAUCAUCAGCCAGGACUCGGACAGUGAGUCAGACGAAGAGUACAACUCCUUGAACAGCCUGGUGUCAGAGGCUUUCAUCCGCUUCUUCCUGGAGACCAUCGGACAUUACUCCUUGUUUAUCGCUCAGAAUGAGCGCGGAGAGCGCAUUUUUCAAAGAGAGACCUUCCGUAAAUCCGUGGCGUCUAAAAGCAUCCGUCGUUUCCUGGGUGUCUUCAUGGAGUCGCAGAUGUUUGCUGGUUUCAUUCAGGAUCGGGAGCUGAGGAAGAACCGGGCUAAAGGAUUGUUUGAGCAAAGGGUGGAUCAGUAUCUGGAGGAGCUGCCAGACACGGAGCAAAGCGGAGUCAACAAGUUUCUGAAAGGCCUCGGAAGUAAAAUGAAGUUUCUGCACAAAAAGAGCUGAGGGGAACUGCUCCUGUCGUUUUCAGUCUUACAACAAACUGAAGACCCGAUGUCUCAAGUCGCUGCAUUAUGAUGAUUCUCACCUUUUUGUAACGCUUUUCUUUUUCUUUAAAAAAAAAAUCUGUACAUAUUUCACUGUAAGCUGGCUGUGAUAUUCUUCAGUGUAUGUUUAUAGUUCCUUAUGAGAUAGCGGCAGUAAGACGGAGCACAGUGAGUGAGCCGUAGAGUAACCACUGAUGUCAGGUGUGCUUGUGAAGAGUUUUAUCAGGAUGUGUGAGCGUAUGUGACCUGACAGGUUAUAGAUGUACAGUCCAUGUGGUUUUAGUUUUGCAGUAUUUCACCAGCCUUGUCCUCUGUUUAAGGAGUGUGGAACCGCUUUGAAAACUGUACAUGCAUCAAGACAAUGAAGAAAAUGAUUGUAACUCCUCAUUGAGUCUUUUGCGAUCUUUUAUUAAAACAUUUUAUAAAUUCUUCAAAGUGCACUGCAUUGAGUCUACUUGUAAUAAGCACGUUAAUUAUCUGUGUUGUUAACUGUUGCUUAAAGGUCAAACGUUAUUUUCUAACCCGCACUUCCAAGUCAUAUCAAUAAAAAGAUUACAGAUGUAUCA